AUGGGUUUGCACAUGAAGAGAGUGGAAGUCAGUCGCUGUCUUCUAAAUGUUGUCCUUUGGAAAGCACAAAUACCAGACCAACUGGCUGUUGAAUAUGGAACAAGCAAUAUGGAGCCAGUGAACUUCGACCACUUCCAGAUCCUCCGGGCGAUUGGGAAGGGAAGCUUUGGCAAGGUGUGUAUUGUGCAGAAGAGAGACACUGAGAAGAUGUAUGCCAUGAAGUACAUGAACAAACAGCAGUGCAUCGAAAGAGAUGAGGUUCGCAAUGUGUUCAGAGAGCUGGAAAUCCUGCAGGAGAUCGAGCACGUGUUCCUGGUGAAUCUCUGGUACUCCUUCCAGGACGAGGAGGACAUGUUCAUGGUGGUGGACUUGCUUCUCGGUGGUGACCUGCGCUAUCACCUGCAGCAAAACGUUCAGUUUACGGAAGAAAUGGUCAAACUUUACAUCUGUGAGAUGGCGCUGGCUCUCGACUACCUACGAAGUCAGCAUAUUAUCCACAGAGAUGUAAAACCAGACAACAUCCUCCUCGAUGAGCAAGGUCAUGCACAUUUAACAGAUUUUAAUAUUGCAACAAUAAUUAGGGACGGUGAAAGAGCAACUGCAUUAGCUGGAACAAAGCCAUACAUGGCCCCGGAGAUUUUCCAUUCCUUCCUGAACGGUGGGACGGGCUACUCCUUCGAGGUUGAUUGGUGGUCGCUGGGAAUCAUGGCUUACGAACUGCUGCGGGGCUGGAGACCGUAUGACAUCCACUCCAACAACCCCGUGGAGUCUUUAAUUCAGCUGUUCAGUACUGUGAGCGUUCAGUACUCGUCUGCAUGGUCAAAAGAAAUGGUUGCUCUAUUAAGAAAGCUGCUGACGGUGAACCCUGAGCAUCGCUUUUCCUGCCUAGCCGAUGUUCAGGCCUCGGCGUACUUGUCCGGCGUGGUCUGGAGCGACGUCUGCGAGAAGCGGGUGGAGCCGGGCUUUGUCCCCAACAAGGGCCGUCUGCACUGCGACCCCACCUUUGAGCUGGAGGAGAUGAUUCUGGAGUCGAGGCCCUUGCACAAGAAGAAGAAGAGGCUUGCAAAGAACAAGUCGAGGGAUAACAGCAAAGACAGCUCACAGUCUGAAAAUGACUAUCUCCAAGAAUGCCUUGAAGCUAUCCAGCAAGAUUUUGUCAUCUUUAACAGAGAGAAGCUAAAGAAGAGCCAAGAACAGACGAGCGAGUCUGCGUCGCCCCCCGAGACCACCGACGAAGCCGAGACGGAGGCCGAGUCUGAGACCUCCAACUUGAACAUGUGCAGCUCCGUCUGCUCCUCCGCGGGCAGCAGUUAGGCUGCAGCCACCAGGCGAGGGUCGCCGGCCCGCGCCGCGCCAAUAACCCGUUCUCAGGUUGCGCUGAGCACCACAGGCCGUCCUCCGAUACCACCGGAGAGCACUGACAACUAGUCUUGCAAAAGCUGUAGCAAAAGAGAGAGUUCUUACAGAAUUGCAUUCUGGAUUUAACGGAGUGCCAGUUCAGCACACUGGUUGCCUGUCAUGAGUAAAGAUACUUGCUAUGCAACUUGUCGGAGGAGAUAGAUCAACUUCUUUACUUGUUCUUUUUUAAUGUCAGAUUGCUGAUCUGCACAUGUUUUUAAUACAGUAAGAUGGCAAGAAAAGAAGUUACGUCCUUGGGUACAACAAGGGAAGACACCGAGCAGGUGUGGAGAGGGAGGAAGGCUGAAUAGGUGGUUUAAAUUUUGCUUUGGUGUUCUCUGUUCAUAAAGGCUGCCGCAGGGACAAGCAAUCCCUGUGUAAAUUGGAGCAGCCCCGGGGCUUCUCUGGGCUGUGGCGGGUGGCACCAGCCUCCUGGGAGCCUCGAGC